AUGAACAUCAGAGUAGCCACGGUGGAUGACCUGCUCUACAUGCAAAACUGCAAUUUGAUGAAUUUGCCAGAGAAUUACCAAAUGAAAUACUAUAUAUACCACGCCCUAUCAUGGCCACAACUAUCUUACGUCGCAGAAGAUCACAAGGGUAGAAUCAUUGGCUAUGUUUUAGCAAAGAUGGAAGAGGAUGUAGUCGAAUCACCACAUGGACAUAUCACUAGUUUGUCGGUUAUGAGGAAUUGGAGGCGUCUGGGGAUUGCUGAGAAGCUUAUGAGCCAGUCCCAAAAAGCAAUGGUAGAAGUCUUCAACGCUCAAUACUGCUCACUACACGUGAGAAAGAGUAACAGAGCUGCUCUUCAGCUGUAUCGAGACACUCUUGGAUUCUUGGUGCAUGAAGUGGAAAAAAAGUAUUACGCUGAUGGAGAAGAUGCAUACGCUAUGAGGAUGACAUUUUCCAAAAAGGAGGAGGCUGCAGCUGUUGUGAAGGCGUAG